ACAGAUGUUUCAUUACUUUCACUUUUCGUUCAUCUUUCAUUGCAAGUAGUGCAGAGCUCAAGCCUCAGAAGGAUUUCAGAUUACCUUCCCUGUUGUAUAAAAUAGAAACGCUAUUAAAACGUUGGUUACGCCAGUCAGUCGAGCCGUAGCACCCAAUUCUACGGUAUUAGUUGUGGUUUACUUAACUCUGGCACGCCUCAUUCCUGCCAUUUCUUAAUCUCAAGCAACGAAAGCGGAAACAUUACUAAUUACAGAGUGGUGCACACCAACGCUUCUCACGUAGCCGUUGUAAACUGUCAGGACUAGUUAAGAUUUCAGGUUUUCUGUGAAGAAGUAUGGCGUACCAAGCCUACAGUGCGCCUCCGGACCAAGCCUUUUUGUGGAAUGUUUUCCAGAGGGUCGACAAAGACAGAAGUGGAGUGAUAUCAGAUUCGGAAUUGCAGCAAGCACUAUCGAAUGGAACAUGGACACCAUUUAAUCCUUCCACUGUUCGAGCUAUCAUAGGCAUGUUUGAUAGAGAUCGCAAAGGUGGAGUGAACUUCACUGAAUUUACAGGAGUUUGGAAAUAUGUUACAGAUUGGCAGAAUGUCUUCAGAAGCUGUGACCGGGAUAAUUCUGGAUUCAUUGACAAAAAUGAACUUAAGCAAACACUAACAGGUUUUGGUUAUCGACUGUCGGACCAACUAUAUGAUAUCCUUGUACGGAAGUUUGAUAGACAAGGUCGAGGACAAGUUGCUUUUGAUGACUUUGUACAGUGUUGUAUUGUCUUGCAGAGACUGACAGAUUCCUUCCGGCGCCUUGACACUGAUCAGGAUGGCUGGAUCCAUGUAUCUUAUGAGCAGUACCUCACCAUGGCUUUCAGUGCUGUAUGACAGUAGCCAUCUCUUCUGUUAACCAGUGAAACUUCAGAAGCAUGACAUAUCAAAUUUUUGUCUCAAUUAAAUUUCCCCUUGUUAACCUAGUUUCAGAUGUAUUGUUAUGGCAGGGAGUAUGCAACACUGCUUUUUGCUUUCAUUCUGACUGAAUGCUCUUUGGCUUGUAAAUAAACAAGUUUGUAACAUGGACGUAACUCAAUUGCCAAAAUGUGUUUGUAGUUUGCCACAUAGAAAGUUUGUGCCAAAAUGCCAGCAAAUGUGUAAAGUUUUAGCAUUUCCCUGCAUGUUGUUUUUAAAGAAUGUGUGAUUCUACCCUUUUCCUGUAUACACUAGUAUUCCUUGCACAAUGUACAGGUACAUUACUAAAAUAUUUUUGCAUGGUGCGUUAGUAUAAAACUAAUCAGCAUUUUUUGUAACAGAUGAGCAGUAAAUAUCCCAGUUGUACAAAAA